AUGUCUGGACCAUCGAUAAUGCAGGGGACGAACAGCAGUAAUGGUCAACAAGCCGCGCAACAGGCCUCUUCACAAGCUCAGGGCAGCGAAAACAACAACAACAACACCUCUACGGCCUCUUCUCAGCAAGCGCUUCCUCCAACCCAGCGGCCUUCUGAUGCCGAAGUCAUACGUCAACUAAGGACUGUUCCCUCGCCCCUGGAACGUUACGCCGGUCGAUACACUAUCAGCUACUGGCCUAAAGUGGACUUUGAAUUCACCAUCGAACUCAUCGUCGUCGGCUGGACUCUUCGCGGGAGAUUCGACCUGGGCCCCAUUACGGGUGUGCUCGAGCUGGACGAAGUCCCUACUCCUUAUCCCGAUGGCUCUACCGAUAGCGUUCUCAUCCGAUGGCGUGGCUACGAGCCCGAGACUCAAGUAUUUCACGGUGGAUAUAACAAUGAUGGCUGGAUAGCGUUCCUUGGUAACGGAGAGAUUGAGGGAUUUGUCAGUUUUGAUAAGAUUCACUUUGGAGGCAGCCGAGUGUCAGAUGCUGGGACGACGGGCAUUGACAAGACAAACUUGUGGGAUGAUUGGGUGUAUUAUGAGGAGAAUGCUAGAUUAUCGCGCCAGUCACUUGCCUACUAA